UUGAAUUUGAAAUGUUUUAAAUUUUGUUAUCUCUUUUUUAAGUAGCUAAAUUUUCGUGUCCAUCCCCAAAAUUACGAUGCUGUUGUGGGUGAUGUAACCAUUCUAUCAAACAGAUCUAGGUUUGUUGAUUUUACAUUGCCAUACACGGAGUCCGGUGUGGCAAUGAUCAUUCCAUUCGAAGAUGAUGACAGGAAGAAUGCAUGGAUUUUCAUGAAACCCCUAAAAAUGGAUUUAUGGUUAACAACGGGGUUUUUCUUCGUCUUCACUAGAUUCGUGGUUUGGGUUGCUGAGCAUCGUGUAAACGAAGAAUUCCAUGGCCCUCCAGGCAAGCAAGUUGGAAUGAUAUUUUGGUUCUCCUUCUCCACACUUGUUUUUGCCCACAAGGAGAAGUUGAUCAGCAACUUAUCUAGAUUUGUUGUAAUCGUGUGGGUUUUCGUGGUGUUGGUACACACAUCGAGUUAUACUGCGAGCUUAACAUCAAUGUUGACAGUGCAAAAGCUAAAGCCUUCUGUUACAGAUAUAAGAGACCUUAUACAGAGUAAAGAGUAUGUUGGCUACCAGCAGGGUUCUUUUGUCGAGGGGCUACUGAAGAAUAAGGCAUUUGAUACCUCCAAGUUGAAGAAUUAUAGCACGUUGGAACAGUAUGAUGAAGCCCUUUCCAAAGGAAGUAAGAAUGGAGGAGUUGCUGCGAUUUUCGAGGAGCUCUCUUAUAUAAAGCUCUUCCUUUCCAAUCCAAAAUACUGUGCUAAGUACACCAUGGUAGGACCUAUCUACAAUACUGCAGGCUUGGGAUUUGUGACUCUCUCUCUCUCUCUCUCUCUGCCAGUCAACUAGGGCAGCAUCAAAUAUACCCUGCGGAGUUUUGAAA